GCUGGUUUCAGCACUGACUUAGUGAAGGUUCUGUAUAUCAGUAGAUAGAAACAUGCAGCGGACUGUCCAGGUCAUUGUGGCUCUCCUCAACAUUGUAUGGGUUGUCUUCUUUUUACAUCCAGAUCCUUUCUCACUGUCCGUACAGAGGAGAAGCUCUGAAGGCUCUGAUGAGGAGAUGGUGUUUGGAGAGUUUUGUAUUCAGCCUGAAUCUGACAUGAACUGGACAUCAACUCUACAUCCAGCCAACAUCACCACAAAUAAAACCAACAACACCAACACAACCACUGAAGCAAAGAGUAACUUCACAUUGCAUGAAGUUCAGCAGGACUGUCAUUGCAACAAAACAAAUAUGCAACAAAGAGAUUUGCUCUCUUCACAGUUGUUACGUGUAGAAUUCAAACCUCCUGCACCAGGAUGUGAACCUCAGAUAAUCAUGACCUUUCCCAACGUGGAGGUGUGCAUAGAUAAGGAAACAUACUUGACUGCCAUUGCUCCACUGGUUUCAGACUUGGAUGAGAAGACUCCAGCUACUACUCCCUCAUCAGAGGUUACUGCAGCCUCUGGGUUGAUUUCUCACAACAGUUUACCAGCUGCUCCUGUUGUUAAGAGGUCGUGCUGCAUAAAAGUCUCUUCCCAAAAGAUUCCUUUUGAUAGUAUAAAAGGAUACAUGCUACAGCGUGUCUCUGGACAGUGUCCAAUAACUGCUACAAUAUUUCAAACAGAUCGCCAACUCUUCUGUGUAAAUUUGAGAGCACCAUGGGUUCGACAGUAUAUAAAAGACUUUCACAAUAAGACAUCGACGAAAAGUAAAAUCCAAGGAACAAAUGCUACACGGAUUGAGGAAUAAUUGUCUUAGUGAGUUUUUUUUCUUCUGUAAUUCUGGCUGAAAGGAAAGAACCCCAAUAAACCAAAUGAGACAGCUUCAGUGUUUGAGUGGCGAAUACAAAAGGCAUACAAGUUAGUUCCAGUUGGAACAUAAAGUGGUAGAUACAAGACAAAGGCUAAUGCUCAGAAAACAGGUAAAGUGAGGAACUGCCAAAAAAAGCCAAAUCGUGGCUGACUUUCUAUUAUUAUUCUAUUAUUCUAGUUAUUAUUAUCUUCCUGGUGAGCUACUGGAAUGCCUCAGUUAUACUUUUGUACUUCUGUUUUGAGUUGUGCUGUAUGUUCUCACUUUUGUAAAUGAAUUAUGUUUCUCACUC